CGCCCCCUCCUCUCGGCUCCCUGGGCCCCGCCCCGGCGGACGCGCGCCUCGCGCCCGGGCACCAGCGCGCGCAGGGGCUGCGGAGCGGCAGGGGCUGCGGAGCGGCAGGAUGCAGGAGGAGCUGGCGUGGGCGACCGACGGCCUGCUUCCUCUGGAGAGGCAGCUCCACGAGGCCGCCCGCCAGAACAACGUCGGCAGGAUGCAGGAGCUGAUUGGGAGGAGGGUUAACACCAGGGCCAGAAACCACGUGGGCAGGGUGGCCCUGCACUGGGCUGCAGGUGCAGGGCACGAGCAGGCUGUGCGUCUGCUUCUGGAGCACGAGGCUGCUGUGGACGAGGAGGAUGCGGUAGGGGCCCUCACAGAGGCAUGUCUGUGUUUUGGGAUGAACGCGCUUCUCCUGUCUGCCUGGUUCGGCCACUUACGAAUCCUCCAGAUCUUGGUAAACUCAGGGGCCAAGAUCCACUGUGAGAGCAAGGAUGGCCUGACCUUACUGCACUGCGCAGCCCAAAAAGGCCAUGUGCCUGUGCUGGCGUUCAUAAUGGAGGACCUGGAGGAUGUGGCCCUGGACCAUGUAGACAAGCUGGGGAGGACGGCGUUUCACAGGGCAGCUGAGCACGGGCAGCUGGAUGCUCUGGACUUCCUCGUGGGCUCUGGAUGUGACCACAGUGUCAAAGACAAGGAGGGGAACACGGCUCUUCAUCUGGCUGCUGGUCGGGGCCAUAUGGCUGUGCUGCAGCGACUUGUGGACAUCGGGCUGGACCUGGAGGAGCAGAAUGUGGAAGGUCUGACUGCCCUGCAUGCGGCUGCUGGAGGGUCCCACCCUGACUGUGUGCAGCUGCUCCUCAGGGCUGGGAGCACCGUGAACGCCCUCACCCAGAAAAACCUCAGCUGCCUUCACUAUGCAGCCCUCAGUGGCUCGGAGGAUGUGUCUCGGGUCCUCAUCCACGCAGGAGGCUGCACCAAUGUGGUUGAUCAUCAGGGUGCCUCUCCUCUGCACCUCGCUGUGAGGCACAACUUCCCUGCCUUGGUCCGGCUCCUCAUCAACUCUGACAGUGACUUGAAUACCAUGGACAAUAGGCAGCAGACGCCCCUUCACCUGGCUGCAGAGCAUGCCUGGCAGGACAUAGCAGAGAUGCUCCUCAUUGCUGGGGUUGACUUAAACCUGAGAGAUAAGCAGGGAAAAACCGCCCUGGCAGUGGCCGCCCGCAGCAACCAUGUCAGCCUGGUGGACAUGAUCAUAAAAGCUGAUCGUUUCUACAGAUGGGAGAAGGACCACCCCAGUGACCUCUCUGGGAAGAGCUUGUCCUUUAAGCAGGACCAUCGGCAGGAAACACAGCAGCUCCGUUCUGUGCUGUGGCGGCUGGCCUCCAGGUAUCUGCAGCCCCGUGAGUGGAAGAAGCUGGCAUAUUCCUGGGAGUUCACGGAGGCGCAUGUCUAUGCCAUCGAGCAACAGUGGACAGGCACCAGGAGCUAUCAGGAGCACGGCCACCGAAUGCUGCUUAUUUGGCUGCAUGGCAUGGCCACGGCUGGUGAGAACCCCAGCAAAGCGUUGUUCGAGGGCCUCGUGGCCAUUGGCAGGAGGGACCUGGCUGAAAAUAUCAGGAAGAAAGCAAACGCAGCCCCGAGUGCCCCCAGGAGGUGCACAGCCAUGUAACCGGAGGGGCCAGACCUUCAGGCACGUGGGACCUCAGCGUGUGGAGCCACCUGAACAGAAGAUGACCAUCAUUUAAGGGCUUUUUAAAAAAUCACUGUUAACAGACCUCCAGCUGAUUCUACUGAAAUGCACAGUCAUGCAGAGCCCAGGAGGCAAAUGUUUCUACAGUGAUCUUUUUCAUGAGGAUGGGUCCAAGGGCCUGUUUCAAGUUUUAUGGGUAAUCCCGUCCCACAGGUAUGGUCCUUUGGAGCUCUUAGCACACUUUCUUCUUCUUUUUUUUUUUUGAUACAGAGUCUCACUCUGUCGCCAGGCUGGAGUGCAGUGGCGCAAUCUCGGCUCACUGCAACCUCCACCUCCCGGGAUCACGCCAUUCUCCUGCCUCAGCCUCCUGAGUAGCUGGGACUACAGGUGCCCUCCACCACACCCAGCUAAUGUUUUGUAUUUUCAGUAGAGAUGGGGUUUCACUGUGUUAGCCAGGAUGGUCUCAAUCACCUGACCUCGUGAUCUUCCCCAGGGAUGGGGCGUUCCAUCUUCUGCCCUGUCCGGCAGAGUAGCCGCUUGCCACCUGAGGCUGUCGUGCACCUGAAAUGUUGGCUAGUGGGACUGAGAAGCUGAAAUUUCUUAUUUCUCGUUAUUUGAAAUUGCAGGCACCCAUAGCAAGUGGCAUCCAUGGUGCUUGGCUUUGAGGUGCCAGGCAAGCACAGCUUGUUGUGGGGCUUGGCUGUACCAGCAGGGGGAUGUGUUUCUGGGGGAAAUGUGGCUCUGGAAGCUUCACGGUUUCCCAGAAUGUGGAAAAUGUAUCUGUGCAGGAUAGAAAUCCUGCCCAGAGGCUGUUUCUGUCUCAUUUGAGCUCUCUUUCAUGUGGCAGAGCUGGCUGUGACCAGUUUAGGAGCCUACAUUUUAGAAAAGCUCACCUCAAAGUUCUGCGUUGAGCCUGAGACUGGAAAGGAGAUGAAAUAAAACAGCUGACAGGAGCUUUGGCAGCCACACAUGCCUGAUGGGGUGCACAGGGCCACAGUCUCUGAAAGGCCAUUUGGCAUUGUCUGUCCACAAUAUACUUUUAUCCAUUGGUCCAGCAAUCCUACUUCUAGGAAUUUUUCCUACAUAUAAACCUGUAUGCAUAUAAAAUGACAGAUAUACAAGGUUAUUACUUUGAAAAAGCAAAAAACAUUGGAAACAAACCAAGUGACUGGCUACAGGGGACUGGUGAAAUAAAGUAUGUUUCAUCCACACAAUGGAAUUCUGUUCAGCAGUGAAAAAAGGAUGAGGGUGCUCUCCAAGUGUUGUUAUGGAAAGAGCUCCAGGAUAACUUAAGUGGAAAAAAACCCCAAGAUACAGGUACAUUAAACCGAAGGAAAUUGGUUCAGAGGAUAUGUGCACUAUUUUUAGAGAAAAAGCUUCCUUUCUCUCUUCACCUUUUGCAGGUGAUGUAUUUUUUUCUUUGGAUUCCUUUUUUUUCUUUUUUUUUGAAACAGUUUAGCUUGGCCAGGCGCGGUGGCUCAUGCCUGUAAUCCCAGCACUUUGGGAGGCCAAGGCGGGCAGAUCACGAGGUCAGGAGAUUGAGACCAUCCUGGCUAACACGGUGAAACCCCAUCUCUACUAAGAAUACAAAAAAUUAGCCAGGCGUGGUGGCGGGCACCUGUAGUUGCAGCUACUUGGGAGGCUGAGGCAGAAGAAUGGCGUGAACCCGGGAGGCGGAGCUUGCAGUGAGCCAAGAUUGCGCCACUGCACUCCAGCCUGGGUGACAGAGCAAGACUCUGUCUCAGAAAAAAAAAAAAAAAAAAAGAAACAGAGUUUCGCACUUGUUGCCCUGUUUGGAGUGCAGUGGCGUGAUCUUGGCUCACUGCAACCUCCAUCUCUUGGGUUCAAGCAAUUCUCCUGCCUCAGCCUCCAGAGUAGCUGGGAUUACAGGCACACACCAUCAUGCCCGGCUAAUUUUUGUAUUUUUAGUAGACAGGUUUCACCAUGUUGGUGAGGCUGGUCUUGAACUCCUGACCUAAGGUUGACCCAUCCGCCUCAGCCUCCCAAAGUGCUGAGAUUACAGGCAUGAACCACGGAGCCCAGCCAUCUUUGGAUUCUUAAAACUUAAGAAAAAUUCUAAAACAUAUUUGUGAUCUAUUACAUUAUGAAACAUGAUAGGGAAAAAAUAGACAACUUUACCUACCACUAAGUUACAUUUAAUCAGCAUUCUUUUGUUUCCUAACAUAUAUGUUGCAAGCUAAAUGUAUGCUCUUACUCUAAAUCUUUCUGAGCUACACUUUAAGGGUGAAAAUUGUUUUGUUUUGUUUUUUGAGACAGAGUCUCGCUCUCUCACCCAGGCUGGAGUACAAUGGCGAGAUCUCAGCUCACGGCAACCUCCACCUCCCAGGUUCAAAUGAUUCUCGUGCCACAGCCUCCCGAGUAGCUGGGAUUACAGGCGCGUGCCAUCACACCUGGCUAAUUUUUGUAUUUUUAGUAGAGAUAGGGUUUGGCCAUGUUGGCCAGGCUGGAAAAUUGAAACAUAAUUUCACAAUUAUUCCUUUUUCCACCUUAAGUAAUAAGAGUAAAAUAAUUUCUGUGUUUUUAUCUUAUACACAUGAAUAAAUAAUAUGGCUUAUCACAGUUACAAUGUGUUUUCUGAAAGUAAAGAUUAUUUUACCCUGAAAUUACAAAAAUUAUUUUCAGUUUUCCAAAAUUCUAUCUUUAAACCUAAAUAAUUCAAUUUCAUGGGUGCACAAAUGUUUAUUGAGAGUCUCAUAUUCAUACUUUUCUUCACAGCACUAUAAAGUUGGACUUGGAAAAUUUGGACAGCCAUUUGCCAUUGUAAUUUUUAUUCUUUUUUCUCCUGAUUAUUUGACAAAACUUGUAUCCACAUUGUAGUUGUUCAUGUGUCUACUUCUAUUACAUAUUGUAAAAUUAUUAACUACUUCCCAAAAUAGUAUUUCUCUCAGCAGAUAUUUCUUUGGUACUACCAUGUAUUGUGUAACUUUUGGAAAAGUAAGGUGGCUUCCCUGCCCUCAGUGAAGCAUUUUAUUAAAAGAAUAAUUAUAAUUUAAAAAAAAGAUACAGACCAGUACAUAUAGUAUAUUACUAAUAGUAUGCUGUUAAUUGUGUAAGAAAGAAAGGAAAUUAGAAAACAUUUGCAUAAAUAAAAGCUAGACAAAGGCUAAGAAACUAAUCAGGUGGUUUCCCUGGGGUAGUAGGAUAAUGGGGAACAGUGGGGCUGGGACGGGGUGGGAGAGAGUUGUCAGUGGUUCCUUUCUAUACUGUUUUAACUUUUGAGAGUGUUACUGAAAACUGAAAGGAUAUGACAUUCUGGAACAGGCAAAACUACAAAGACAGUAAAAAGAAAGAUCAGUGAUUUCCAGGAGCUGCAGGGGCAGUGAGAGGAAGGGAGGGAUGAGGAGGUGGAGCACAGGGGAUGUUAGGGCAGUGAAAGGUUCUGUAUGACACUGUGAUGGUGGGUAUGUGACAUUGGGCAUUGGUCAAAGCCCAUAGCAUGUACAGCACAAAGCGUGAGCUCUAAUGUGAGCUAUGGACUUUAGUUAAUAGUAACGUGUCAAUAUUGGUUCAUCAGUUGUAUCAAAUGUACCACACUGAUGCCAGGUGUUAAUAAUCGGGGAAACUGUGUGUGAUGAAGAGUGCAUGGGAGCUCUCUGUGCUAUCUGCUCAAUUUUUCUCUAAACCUAAAACUGUUCUAAAAUAGCAAGUCUGUGAAAAAAACAAAAGUAAAGUUAUAAAAAGAAAAGAAAACAGAGGCAUUAAAUUAAAUCAUCUAUUCCUCGGGAAAGGUAUUUUGUACCACACGGGACUGAAAUCAUUUCUCUGGAUGAAUUUUAUAAAAUGAAUUUUGUAAUUUUUUUCUGAGACAAGUUCUUAAAUACAAUAAAAUUGAAAUGUUGAAAUAUA